AAGGAUUAUUUGUAUUACUUUCAGAAAAGAAGCAAAUAUAGAAUCAUUUUAAGUUGAAAGAUCUUCCUUCUUUUUUAAGUUAUAUUAUUCUCUGAGUAUUCGUCAUCAAUCAAGAUCUGUUUAAGAAUUAACAGUUUUGUAGAGAUUCUUUCUGAAUUUGGUAGUGUUUCUUGGAAAACACUUUCAAAUAUUUUUAUCAACUGAAAGCAUGUUCAUUUUCAUAAGGGUUUCCGAGCUCCCCUUACAACGUACGGCAGGCCGUUGACCUGAUACAUUAACUGCUCGCCAAGUGAGGACAAUCAGAUCUUCAUGGUAACAAGUCAUCUCAGUUAAAAAAUAUUACCCAAUAAAAAAACGCCACAUGUCACACAGUUGUUUCUCUGCUUCACUAUUUGUUGAUUGCCGUCCUCCAACAACAUUCUUUUUUUUCUUCUGACAAGUUUUCCCUUGAGCUUUUUGUCCAUCACAAAGUUUCUAAUUUUGCUUAGACAAAUUUUAAGUUAGGAUAUUGUUCUUCAUGGGAAAUGCACUUCGGCUCUUGUAUGAGAGAUGCGUCGAGCCUGCAACUUCAGAUGAGUCAGGAUCACUUGGACCUCAUGGAGUUUCUGCAGCCACCGUCGGAGUCUCAGCUCUCGCCCAUGAUCUCUUCAACUUUGAGAUCAACUCACAGGUUCCGGAAGGGCUUAGUCAGAAUGUUAAAUCGUCCAGGAAGGCUCAGGCCAAUUGGUAUAGAAAAAUAUUAGAAACAUGGAAGCAAGCAAAGCCUCCUCCAAAAACAGCAGAGGAAGCAACUAGGCUUGUCGUUGAGACCUUGAAGAGACACCUAAAGCAAGAUGUUGAGGGCUUGUUGGCUUUUUAUGGCUUGCCUCUUCCUCAUACUAUUGUUCAAGUUUCUGCUGGUGUCCCGACAUCAUUACCAGAGGGGGUGAAGUUUGAAAUGCAGUCGCUGCCGGUGGUGGAUGCAAGAGCAGUAGCAGAUGGGGAUACAAUUACAGUAUAUGUACGCACGGAUAGCCCGAGGGAGUCGUCGUGUGUUCCCAGAGAUGUACAAGUGGCAGCUGUGCGAAGAUCACAAGCUAGAGCAGAGAGGAAUUAUGCAGAAGCAGAUGCACGUCACCAAGAAAUCAUUAAUGCAGGAUACAGGGUAAUAAAUCUUCCAAACAAUGAAGAGGUUCUUGCUCGAAAAUACCGCAUUCGAUUAAGAGGUAUAGAUGCACCGGAGGGUGAAAUGCCAUAUGGGGAAGAAUCAAAACAGGAACUGCUUAAGCUUGUUCACGGUAAGAGCUUGACAAUCCUAGUCUAUGGAGAGGAUCGAUAUGGUCGCUGUGUUGGAGAUGUAUACAGCAAUGGCAUAUUUGUACAGGAAGUAAUGCUCAAGAAAGGGUGUGCAUGGCAUUACAAUGCAUAUGACCAUCGCUUAGAGCUCUCAACAUGGGAAAAAGAGGCUCGAGCAAAGCGAGUUGGUUUAUGGGCUGCAUCAAACCCAGAGAAGCCAUGGGAAUGGAGGAAGGACAGACGUGAAGGCAGAUGAAUAACUGUCAAGACAACUGUGAACUGUUUGUGUCUGCCUCCAGAAACCAUAUUGCCCAGGCACAACCAAACCAGAGUCAAUAUUCACAAUUUGGACCUGGAAUUGUUAUCAAAGAAGAGAAACAAAGUAACAUUGCAAGAUAACUGCGAGUUUAUGUAAUAUCUUAUUCAGAACUUUUCUAGUUUGGUAGGUUGGCUUUUAAUAAUUACUGUUGCAGUAUAUUUGACAAUUGCUUCCCUCAUGUAACUUCAGCAUGUUUCUGUUGGUUAAGCAAAUGCAUAUGUCUUUGUAAGAA